AUGGCUGCGAAGACCGCGAAGGACGGCCGUGCUCUUCUCAAGCCCGUUGUCGUCCGACAGAAGGCCCAACAGCCAGAGACGGAUGGUUCUGAUCUCGUAGCGAACCUCAUAGAAGCAGCGAAGAAGAUGCAGAUUCGCAAGCUGAGACGAACGAUCCUAGAGAUCAAGAAGCCGAGCAGCAAGAAUCCGUCGGGAGGUAGAGCUUCAGGCGCCAUGUCACCAGCACUUGGCCUCGGAAAUGUCUCUGCACUGGAGUCCAGACCACUCAAGACUGCACCUCUGGUUCAACCAAGCAUCAACGGGACCGAUGACAAAGGCCGAACGGCGCUCCAUUUCUCCUGCGGAAUGGCAUCUACAGAAUGUGCCAUUGUGCUGCUAGAAUCAGGCGCUGAGGUCAACGUACGGGACAACGAGGGGUUCACUCCUCUCCACAUGGCAGCCGGCUACGGUCGCAGUCAAUCAGUCGAGCUCCUUCUCAAAGCAGGAGCUAACCCGUUCGUCAAAGACAAGAUCGGACGCACCCCGCGGGAACUCGCCGUGGAAAUCCGAGACACUGGCAUGCGUCACGACGGCUCCUCCGUCCCUCGCGGCGAUAUGGAGUCAACAAUCACUCUCCUGGGCAGCGCUGAGUGGAAAGAGCACCAGGCGGCGAAAGAGAGACAGCACAAUGCGAUUGGUGGCAACUCUCUGGAAAGCAGCGGUGGUUCUGCUACAGAUGAUGGGACGAAGCGGCCGGCUGUUGGGACUCCGUUGGACGAGCUGCUGGUUGCGGCGCAGGCGGGGGAGGCUGACGGCGUGGCGAAGGCGCUGGCGAAAUUGGAAGCGAGGUCGGAUGUUACAUGGAUCGCUGGACGUGCUGCUUCUCUCGCAAACGCCUUCUCAGCGGCCUGCCGAAACGGCCACGUAGGCAUCGCCGAGACGCUGCUCAUUUCUGGAGCGUCCGUUGAUGCUGUGGACGGGGAGGGUGCAACGCCCCUGCUGGCCGCGGCUGACAGUGGCUUCGCCAACUGCGUGCAACUCCUGCUUGAAGCAGGAGCCCAGCCCGACGCCCGGGACAAAGUGGGAGUGACGCCUCUUAUUGCAGCUGCGUACAACGGGCAUGAGGAGGCUCUCUCAGCGCUCGUGCGCCAUGGAGCUGGUGUCGAUGCGAGGUCGCAUGGAGGCGUCACUCCCCUCAUUGCUGCUGCUGAGGGCCGGCAUGCACCCUGCAUCCACCUGCUCGUUCAGGCCGGAGCAGACGUGAAUGCACGCACGUCAGAGGGAAAGACAGCACUGAUGCAUGCAGUGGGGCGCAACUCACUGCCGGCAACAGAGGCGCUGCUGGCGGGAGACGCGGAUGUUAGUGCUGUGGACGGCGAGGGUCUGUCUGCAUUGCACCAUGGCGCUCGCCUCGAUGCUGCUGACUGCGUUGAGCUGCUGUGUGCCAGGGGCGCGAGCAUGACCAAGAGGUGCAAGAAGGGCCGCACUGCUCUCAUGGAGGCACCCAAAGGCUCCGCCUCUGCUGCCAUCCUGGAGGAGAAGUGGACGGCAUUGGAAGAGGAGGUGGCGAGGCGGCAACUGGAGCUCCUCGAGCUUUUCGCUGAUGAUGCUUCUGAUGCCGCCGCAUCCAAGACAAACGCAGCCGCAGCAGCAGGCGCCAAGAGCGGCAAGGACAAGAAGAAGGCCGGGAAAGGCAGGAGCAGGACCCCCAAGGGGAUAGCCUCCCUGACCAGCAAACUGCAGGGGCUGGCAGAAGGGCCAGGCUCGGCGGCAGGCUCGGUGGCAGGUUCGGCAGCAGGUUCGGUGGGAUCUGCAGGUUUGGUGGGCGAUGUGCAGAAUCUGGUGGUGAAGACCCCAGAGUCAUCUAGCCGACCUAGUAUGUCCCCUGUGAGUUCGGUUAUGGACUUUGGUCAGACCACUGAUAGCUCUGGUAUGAGCACUGCAGAAGACGAGGAGGGGGAAGGGGAGGGGGAGGAUGGGGAGAGUGAGUAUGACACUCAAGAUAUUUUUGAGAUCAUGGCGGCUGCUAGCAAGAAGGGCUCUGGUGGGAGUGGUGGCAGGGUUAGUGGCGGGGUUGGGUCUGGUGCUGGGGUUGCGGAUGGUAAUGAUGGGUUUAUUCCGGUGGGGAGCGGUGAGAAGGCGCCAAACAGAGUGAGUGAAGUGAGCGGGUGGCUGUCUGGGGGGAGCUACAGCAGGAAGGCUGCAGGCGAGGGUUCGGACGCAGCAGCACUGCUUAAGAAGAGUGAAGGCCCUGCGAAUGCCUCUUAUGCUGCAAGGGCCGCACAGAAGAAGAGCCCUCCUGCUGCUUCACCGAGCCUCACACAGCAGCAGCAGCAGCAGCAGUCAAAGAGCAAAACCGCCCUGACCAAGGCAGUCAAAGCUCCAGUAUCUGCUGCCGCCCAGCCGCAGCAGCAGCGACAACCGCAGCAGGCACAGCAGAAGGCUUCGCCUCCAGCAGCAGCAGCAGCAGCAGCAGCAGCAGCACCUGCACCAGCAGCAGCGCAUGCAGGAGCGUCGCCUUGGAUCCGCGCCCUUGUGGGGGGGCAGGCUGCUUCAGCUCCAUCUCCUACCGUCCCUUUGGCUGCAACUCCAUCUCCCACCGUCCAUUCGGCCCCAACUCCAACUCCUGGCCCUGGCAGCAACCCUGCUUCGUCCACUGGCUCGCCUACUCCCAGUGCGGUGCAGAGCGGUUCCAAUGGAUGCCCCUGCAAGCAGAGCCAGCAGCACGGUGUGGGAAACAGCAGUGAGUUGGCAAGGCGAGUGGCGGAGCUUGAAGCAGAGCUGAGAUCCGCCAGGGCUGCAGCAGAUGCUGCCAGGGCGGCUGCAGCAGCAGAGAGGGCGAGAGCAGCACAGCUGGUACAGCAGCUGAUUAGUGGACGUAAAGCCGCUGAGAUAAUAAGCGCUCGGGACAAAUCGCAGAUCCAGGUUCUGCAGCAAUCCCUCUGCUCCCAAUCCAUCUCACUCGCAGCAGCCACCGCAUCAGCAGAAGCCUCUCGCCGCGCCCUCGCCUCCUCCCACUCCGACUGGCACUCUCAGCUGCAGCGUAUCCGCUGCCAGGCUGUAGCAGCUGCCGUCACUGCUGCUACAGCCAGCUGGCAGGCUUGGGAGAACUCCCAGUUCCGUCCGAACUUGGGCGUUGCUGCCUCUGGGGGUGCUGUCAACGCUGCCCCUGCUUCCCCUUCCCCUUAUGGCAUUCUUGAGGUGGCUCUGCUGUGUCAGCAGCUGAGUGAUAGCACUGCUGGUAGCAGAGCCAAUCCAGUGGCAGCUGAUGGAGCAGCAGCAGCAGCGGCAGCAGCAGCAGCAGUAGCAGAGACUAUGCCACGCCACUCCAGCCACACGACACCAGGGGUUCAAUACAAGCCCUCGACCACCACUGCGCGUACCGCUGCUACGGCCGCCGACCCAGUCUCUCACGACCCCAUGCUCUCAUUCAAAGCCUCCCUGCUUGCUGGAAAGACUGGCAGAGCCGCAACUGGUGCUGGCAUUGCGGUGUCUCAUACUUCAAGGGCUGGUGCAGCCAAGCUUGGAGAUGCUGAUGCUUACCCGGCUUAUCCAGCUGAUGAGGAUGUAUCGUAUCCAGCUGACGCACUCAAGUCAGCUGUCGGUCAAGGGGAGGGGAAAUUGUUGGGGAGAGCGAGAAGGGGGGUUGGUGGUGCGGACGCUAUUCCUGAGAGGAGCAGCGUGCUUGCUUUUGAGAGGCUGCCCUUUGCUCCCAAGAGUACGGCGGUAUCGGGUUCAGCAGGCCAAGUGGGGGAAGGGGGUUGGAAUAGCUGGGGAAGGCGAGAAGGGAAGUUGUCGGUGCUGCAGAUGUGA